AUGGGGAAGAAUAUACUUCCUUCCAAUCCUUUGCAAAAAUUACGCCUUGAUGUUUUUAUUAAAAUCUCACGUAACUUUUACAUUCUCGAACUGGAGGUCAAUCAGGCAACAUUUUUUGGUGGUCUGAGUCCCGAAGUUAGGAGAGAAGCUUGGAAAUUUUUGUUACUUUACUUUCCGUUUGGUUCUACAAGUCAACAAAGAGAACUACUGCGAAAGGACAAAGAAAAGGAAUACCAGAAAAUACAUUACUCCAGACGAAACAGAAGCCAAGAAGAAGAACAACAGUUUUGGAGGGCUGUUCAGUGUACUGUUGACAAAGAUGUUGUGCGCACAGAUAGGUCACAUCCUUACUUUGCUGGUGAUGGCAAUCCAAAUGUUGAGAUCAUGAGGAAUAUCCUUCUGAAUUAUGCUACAUACAAUCCUGAGGUUGGGUACAACCAGGGUAUGUCGGAUCUUCUGGCACCUGUGCUGGCAAUAGUUCAAGACGAAGUUGAUGCAUUCUGGUGCUUUGUUGGUUUAAUGGAGGGGAGUGUGUUUGUCACAUCACCUAAAGAUGAUGUCAUGGAUAGGCAGCUGACCUACGUCCGUGAGUUGUUACGUAUGCUGGAGGCACCGUUUUAUGCUCAUCUUUUGUUACAAGAUGAUAACAUGGACAUGCUGUUUUGUCAUCGUUGGCUUCUUCUCUCCUUCAAACGAGAAUUCUUCAAUGAAGAAGUUUUAAAAAUUUGGGAAGCGUGUUGGUCUCGAUAUGAAACUGAGUAUUUCCAUAUCUUUUUGUGUGUUGCAAUGAUUCAGGAAUAUGGAGGCGCUGUUGUCGAGCAGAAUAUGUCAGCAGAUGACAUGUUGCAGUUUUUUACAGAUCUGUCAAUGAAGAUGGAUGGGACAAAAGUUUUACGCACCGCACGCCAGUUGUUGUUAAAAUUUCGCCAGUUGCCUGGGAUUCCUUGCUCAUUGCGUGGACUAUUGUCCGGUCCAGGAAUCUGGGACAGUGCUUAUUUACCCGAGAUUCAGUGUAACUGUCACGACAAGUGUGUAAACUUGUAUGAUGAAUCUAAAAGCCAAUCGUCAGAAUCCACUGAUGAAAACGAAGAGAUUUUCUGUAGAAAUGACAGAAAGGCUUGAGUUAGUCUGUAAUGAUGGAUGAUAAAAGUGAUGCAGACAAAUCAUCACGAUUCAGACCCACCAAGUGCAUAAAAUAGGAUAGUUGUGAAUCAGUAUAUAGUUUACCUAAAUGGUACAAAAUGCUGCCGAAGGGAGUCUCAACCCAGAGCAGGGUUGUUCCCAUACAGAACUCAGGAUCGUCGGUAACAGUAACAAACUGGUUUAUUAACUUCUCGGAUUACAGCACUCAGCAGCACUAAGCUUCAUUACAUUUUCAGAGCCCUCCUGCGGACGAAACUCGCGCUCUUAUAUUAGACAUGAUAGUACACCUGGAGUUUCCAGAAACUUCUCAAAAGAAUUGAAUAGCAUUAUUGCAAGGUUUCUUAAUUAGAACAUUUCAGAAGGUCUUAGGUCACGGCUGAAUAAUUUCCCGUUCGAGAUUGUAGCAGUCAAGGGAGAUUUUAAUAAAACAACAAGCAGUGAUUUUUGCAAAGGAUUGGAAGGAAGUUUAUUCUUCCCCCGUGUGAUUUCUAAAAUGCUGAGUAAAGUUGUGCAGAUAAAAAAUAUAAACGGUACCUUAGAUAAUUUGCGAAGCUACGAAAAUCUGUGAUUUUUUAAAAAUAAGAUUAACUUCAACAGAUCGCAAAUAACACUUGAUGAGAGGGAACUGUGCUUAAAACUGUAAAACAGAUACCUGGUUACCUGGUUGUAGCAAUUUACAGAAUUAAACAUCAUCAAUAGCACAAUA